AUGCAGGUGGUAGGAUACCCUCGGGUUACGGGAGAGAAACCAUCCAAAGACAAGUCCAUGAUGCGCUGGGAAGAGCAAACCGUGCUUGAUCGGACGUUACGAGUGCAGACCAAUGGCCAUCCGAGUCACUCUGUACGACACUCGACCCGGCCUUCGUUUUUUCGUACCAAGUCUUCGGAGAAUGAAUCGAAUACCCUCUUUCUCGAACGUGGCAUCCAUGACUUUGAGUUUCAUUUCAUUAUCCCUGCUUGGAUUGCGCCAUAUGAGCGUUGCAAAUACGGUCGUACGCGAUACACCCUUACAGCCACAGCGGUCGGUGCCGGUCGGCAUGGCUCAAAUGUGUCAGCCACCCGCGAUGUCAUUGUUGUCCAGCAACAAACGCCGGACAAUGGUCCGAUGCCAAUGGAUAUGCUGUACAACGACAUCCAUGAGGCGCUCCAGUACCUGACUGUGGCUAUCACAACACCCUCAUUGUCGGUGGCAGGUAUUCUCACGUUGUCCCUUGUCCACCCCAAUCCCCCACCCAAUCUAAAUGUUCUGUUGAUUCGCUUAUUUGUGGAACAAAAAUACGAACUACACAGAAAAGAUACCCAUGAAUGGGUUUCCGUGCCGAAGGACAAAUACCGAGUAUGGGAACUGGGUGUAGCACCGCCUCAGCACCCUGAAAUUAACAAUGGAAAGUACUGGGCGCAAGGUAUUCUCACAGCGGAAGGUGUGCAGCCUGGCACGCGACUCGGUGCAGCUGCGCGACACGUACCGGAUGUAGUCCAGCCGCUGAAUGUCUUGACCGAGAAGGGGGAGACGCUACAUGGCUAUCGAAUCAAAGCUGUUGCUCGAUUGCCUGACGACAAUCGACUGCGUCCAUCGACAGCGAAGGGAACACGAACCAACAUCCGGAUCUCCCACGAGAUUGGAUUGGAGAUUCUGUUCUCGCGCGUUGACGUACUCGAUGACAAGUACGGCUUGCCGAAGCCCCAAGUGUUCUCAAUGUCCAAAUCCGUCUCGAUACCCUCGUGUGAAUGCACGUUCGACUCCAUCCAUUUGCCGCCAUACUCACAGCUUUCACCGUAUACACCUCACACGCCACAUACGCCGGAGUCGUCCUCUCCAACCACAUCACGGCUUCCUACGGUUCCGCGUAACUCGUCUCUCCUUGGCACGGAUACGGAAUGGAACAAGUUGAUCCACUCGCUCUCUUCGCUUUCUACUCACCCAAAACGUUCCACCAUUCCCUCUCGUGGACCCGACCGUGAGCCAUCACCGCCGUUACGUUUAGGUCUUCGUACGGCGACAGCCUCCCGAGCGCCAUCCCGCCCCGGGUCACCCAGUGCCGACAUGUCGGGGUACAAAACGCCAGUGAUACCUGUGUGGCGUCCCAAUGAUGCCACUGUCACAUCUGCGCCGGGCUUUCGUCUGCGUAACACGGAUCGAUCGGCGCCUCGUAGUCUACCCGAAGGGUCACCAUGGGCCAUUACGCACAUGCCUCCGCGUACCGGUGAGUCGCAUGAGACGUGUGUGUGUGGCAUGUCCCUGGAAAAGCUCAUUCAGGCCGAAGAACGACUGCUGGAAGGUGUGCCUACGGCGCCAGGUGCGUGGGUGGAUUCAUCGGACCCCAACUCAGAGCCACCACCAUGGAUGAUGAGCUCCCGCCCGACGUCGCCUACCCAUGAUUGGAUGAUGACCUAUUCACAGGCUGGCACAGGGUCGCACGAGGCGACGAGUACGAAAGGAAAUGAAUAG